AUGCCUUGCGACGGUAAAUACAGCAUUGGAUACACGAAGAGCCAGCUGAUCGCGAUGAAUUCCCGUACUUACGACUCCUCUAGGGGUAUAUAUGGGCGAAAAUUCCCCCCCUCUCUAAUUCCCGUCAAGGACCUUACACAUAUACUUUAUGCAUUUGCCAACGUGAGGCCUGACAGCGGCGAAGUCUACCUUUCCGACCUUUGGGCUGACCAAGAUAUUCACUAUCCUGGAGACUCAUGGAAUGACGUCGGGAACAACCUUUACGGCAACUUCAAGGCCAUUUAUAAUCUAAAGAAACAAAACCGGAAUCUGAAGGUUUUACUCAGCAUUGGAGGAUGGACAUACUCACCUUCUUUUCACCCUGUUGUUAUCAACCCUGCAUUCAGAGCCAAGUUUGUCGAGAGUUCUGUCAAGAUUCUCGAAGAUUAUGGAUUGGAUGGACUGGAUGUUGACUACGAAUAUCCCACGGACGACAAGCAAGCUGCAGGAUAUGUCGCAUUGUUGAAGGAAUUGAGAGCCGCGUUGGAUAAACAUCAAGCAAAGAAGGGCCCUGGCUGCAAGUUUCUACUGUCGAUUGCUGCCCCAUGUGGACCUGAGAACUACAAGAAACUUCGCGUUAAAGAGAUGGACAUUUCACUCGAUUUCUGGAAUCUCAUGGCUUAUGAUUUCUCUGGUUCCUGGGAUUCAGCUGCCAACCAUCAAGCGAACCUCAAUGGGGGCACACUCAGUGCAUCGGCUGCUGUGGAUUGGUAUAUUGGUCAGGGUGUGCUUCGAGACAAAAUUGUUCUAGGAAUCCCACUUUACGGUCGCUCUUUCCUCAACACAGCGGGCCCCGGGAAGCCAUUCUCUGGCCAAGGGCAGGGAACCUGGGAAGCAGGUGUCUACGAUUAUCGUGCUCUUCCGCUUCCUGGCACAAACGUUACCAAUGACAAGAGUCUCGGGGCUAGUUGGUCAUACGAUGCCAAUAAGAAAGAAUUGAUCAGCUUUGAUAGCGAAGAAGUGGCCAAAUGGAAAGGCGAAUAUAUCAAACGGGAGAAUCUAGGAGGCAGUAUGUUCUGGGAGCUCAGUGGCGACAAAGGAUCUUCCAGAGAAGGCAUUGAAACAGGGCCUGGUAAGGACGUUCAGCCUGGCAAAAGCCUUGUCACCAUUGUGAAAGACGCCAUGGGCGGAUUGGAGAAGAGCAACAAUUGGUUAUCUUACACCGAGAGCAAGUUCGAUAACCUGAAGAAAGGACUGGCAUAA